CUAGAAUGGACCAGACACUCUAGCUGGUUAACUUAUUGCUGAGUUUUAAAGUGUUAUUCUGCGGAAACAACAGGAGAGAAAAUAAAGCGGAAACCAAGCAGGUAUGGAUUUCAGUCCUAAAGACCUCGUUACCAAUGACCAAUGAUAACAGAGAGGGGGAAAAUCUGGAAGCUCUCUACUCUAAGGUUAGUCUGAAGUGCCAUGGCUGAAGAUCGACUACAAAGCAACUUCACCUACACCGCGUUCAUUUUUAUAGGAUUUCCAGAACUAUACGAAUAUAGACGCUUACUCUUCUUGCCAUUUUUCAUAAUAUACGUGCUGGCCCUUGCUGCCAAUUCGCUGAUGGUCUAUGUGAUUAGACACUGCCAGAACCUGCAUAGCCCCAUGUACGUACUGAUAUGCAGCUUGGCUGUUGUCAAUAUAGUCGUCCCCACUGUUAUUGUACCGAACAUGCUUUUCAGCUUCCUGUUUGACUGGAAUGAAAUUUCCUUAGAGGGCUGUUUGACUCAAAUGUUCUUCACACACUUCUUCUCAUCCCUGGAGUCCACCAUCCUCCUGGCCAUGGCACUGGACCGACUGGUGGCCAUUUGUAAUCCACUGCGCUACUGUGAAAUCGUUAACACUUCCAUGCUGGUGAAACUGGUUAUCUUGACGCUGAUACGGAGUGGCUCGAUAAUGUCUGCUCUUGUCGCCCUCGCACGUCCUCUGAAGUUCUGCAGCUCAAACGUCAUCAGCCACUGCUACUGUGACCACAUGGCCCUUGUCAGCUUGGCGUGCGGCGACAAGAGCAACAACAACGCUAUAGGACUGGUGGUGAUCAUCUGCUUCGUGGGCAUCGACAUCUCCAUCAUCGCCUUCUCGUACGUCAGAAUCCUGAGUGUCGUCCUGCGGGCGGCGGAGGGGGAGGAUCGCUGGAAGGCGUUCCACACCUGUGGCACACACCUGAUGGUCAUGAUGAGCUUCUACCUGGUGGGGAGCAUCACGUUUCUGUCCCAUAACCUCGGCAUCCCCAUCACAACAGACGUGAACACCUUCUUGGGAGUUCUAUACAUCAUUUUCCCCGCUACCAUAAAUCCAGUUAUCUAUGGUGUCCGCACCAAGGAAAUAAGGAACGCAGCUUUGAAAAUGUUUAAAAUGAGGACAUAUAAAACCUUCACUGUAAAUGUGACGACGUUGAAAGUUUAAUUCAGGAUCUGGUGCUCAGUACAUUUUACCUGCUGUCUCCAGGCUCUCGUCUUUGUUAGACUGUUAUUUGAUCAUUAAUGUAUUUUUGGGAGAAGGAGAUAAAAAGCAUUCCAUUCAGUGUGACAAAAUGGACCAGUACAUAUUUCUCUGUGAAUAUUUUAUGUAUUAACUCAAUAAGAAAGUCAUUCAUCAUUACCAUUUACUGGUUUUUAAGAAGUCUGCCAGACGGAAUUUCGGUUGAAAUAAAUUUGACGUAACUUGUUGAUUGUAUGUUGGUACAGUGUCAGUGUCUCUCUGAUGUGAUUCUGGCCUUUCAUUUUGCCUAAGAGGCGAAAAGAGCGGCUCUUUCAGGGUGUGACUGCGCUCCCUCUCUCCCACAGCAGCCCUGAGACAGAUUGCUGUUGUCAACUUGCCAGUUAUACCCUGAUCUCCUGAGGUGGGUUGAAGCUAAUAUAAAAUGAACAAUUUUUUUAUCUGGUAUUUAUGAAAAUCGUUGAAAAGAAACCAAAUCGCAAUGGUAUAUUAAAG